AUGGGUUCAUGCUCACCUGAAAACCGAUCAGCAGCUAUUCAACAUGGCCCACUUUGUCGACAAGACUUCCUACUCUUCAUGCCGUACGACCUCAUUGCAGUGAUAUUCUCGCCGCUUACUGCCAACGAGCUGGUUGUUUGUGCGUCCGUUUGUCAGCGCUGGCGCUCGUUCUUUAACGACAAUCCGCAGAUUUUAUGGAAAAAGCUAUUGUUUCGCAGUAUCAAACAGUUUUUCGGGUGCCCAGCAUUCAUUGGAGAACCGAAAGAUUGGAGAGCGAAGCAUAUCCGCUCGUUUUCCUUUGAUCAUUCACAAAUCCGUGGACCCUACACAAAUAUAAAGGAAAACGAGAUGGCUACCGUGUUCAACCAACUCAUCGAGACUGACUGCAGCUACCUUGAACAUCUCGAGAUUUACGAUUGUCCUCUUUCUCAUAUGGGAUUUGUCAAGUACAUAAGCUUUAUUGGGGAGCGAUUACGAAACCUCGAUAUCAGCAACUCCUAUAUUGAUCCCCGCAUGGUCGGUGCGAUACUCAACGCAUGUCCAAAUCUCAGCAGUCUAGAGUUCCAAGACUGCAUUCCGUACGCAAGCAGCACGUUUUCGCUACAGCCAGUUGCGACCGACAUGCCGUCUCGCCAUCUAGUAACUUUGCAAAUUGUGGUGGAUGAGACCAUUGGAUCCGAAUAUCUAGGUCGACUAUUACGGAACUGUCCGCAGCUGAAAACGCUUACGCUUAACAGCCAAGUUGACUGGAUCGUCAGAGACGCCAUUGAUCGACCGCCGCCAGAAAUCAUAUUUGACGCCAUAUAUGACGCUGUACAACAAUCAUGCACAGUACUUGAAUCAUUUACCUUCGUCUGCAUUCCGUAUUGGACAAUAGCAGAGCAUUCCCACAUCACACACAGGUCACCGGCAUCCUUGCAAAAUGUUUUUGCAUUAUCAGCCGAUGUUCACGAGAAACAUACAGGUACAAAGAGGCAGAUGAUACGGCACCCGGAUGUAUCGUCGGUGGAAAAUAAUGCUAUUAUUAAACGAAAAUACGCGACGUUGGAGUAUUAUGUCGGAUGUCCCCCGCCACAGAUGAAGAACAGAUCAUGGACCAUGCUCUCCAUUGCAGUUGACACUGACGUUGCUCGUGUCGGAUAUCGGGGUUUCCCCUUUACGCUUGGAUCUGUGCGUUAUCUUUUCCGGACCAUGAUGUGCAUGCUUGAAGAGGUUUAUUUUGUACGACUCGACUUCAAGGACCUUAACGGAAGGGUGAUGCAAGAAGAGGGGCUUGAACAACAACAGAAAACACAUACAAACACUGCUACCACGAAGCGUUGGAUUAUAGGCUUGUCCUUACUACAGCAGCUAAAAUAUGUAAAGUUUGUUCAUUGUACCCAUGUUACAAGUAAAGAUAUGUUGGAAUUAGUAGAACAAGUCAAGGGUAUCACCGUGCUACAUAUUCUGGGAUGCGAAUACCUUGGUGACAUUGGCCUCGUCGAAAAAUCGCUUAGUAAACGGAACGGACGGUUGAUAAUGAACCUUUAA